ACAAUCCACAACACAGUCCACUGCAAGGACUGUGGACUGUGGAUUACAUUGGAUUACAUUGGUUCAACACAGUAGUUUAGGGUUCAACUCUCCGCUUCCAGUCGCAGGGCUACCUCGCUGUCUCAUUUCUGACAGGACCUUCAGAAUGUCGAAGAAGUACAACAGCCACAUCCUGGUGAUGGAGGACCGUGGGACUAACGGGUCUCCUGAGUCUACCGGUACCGCCACGUCUCCUCACGGUUCAACCAUUAGUUUCCAUAACAUCCACUAUAAGGUGACGAAGAGGAGCGGCUGUCUGUGUAUGAAGAGGAAGACUACCACCAAAGACAUUCUCAUAGAUCUGAACGGGCUGAUGAAACCAGGGCUGAACGCUAUCAUGGGGGCCACAGGAAGCGGGAAGUCAUCGUUUCUGGAUGUGCUGGCAGCCAGGAAGGACCCAGCAGGUCUGGCUGGAGAGGUGUUGAUAGACGGAGCUCCUCAACCUCCCAACUUCAAAUGUCUCUCAGGAUAUGUGGUCCAGGAUGAUGUGGUGAUGGGGACUCUGACUGUGAGGGAGAACUUCCGUUUCUCUGCUGCGUUGCGUCUCCCGUCCUCCGUCAGCCAGAAGGAGAAGGAGGACAAAGUCAACCGACUCAUCACAGAACUGGGCCUCACUAAAGUAGCAGACUCACGGGUUGGUACCCAGUUGAUCAGGGGUAUAUCAGGAGGGGAAAGGAAGAGGACAAACAUCGGUAUGGAACUGAUCAUCGACCCUCCUGUUCUCUUUCUGGAUGAACCCACCACAGGCCUGGACGCUAGCACAGCUAACUCUGUACUACUACUGCUCAAGAGGAUGUCUAGUCAUGGCCGUACCAUUAUCCUGUCCAUCCACCAGCCUCGCUACUCCAUCUACCGUCUGUUUGACAGUCUGACUCUGCUGGUUAGCGGUAAACAGGUUUACCACGGCCCCGCUCAGAGGGCUCUGGACUACUUCUCUAACAUCGGGUACACUUGUGAACCCCACAACAACCCGGCUGACUUCUUCCUGGACGUGAUCAAUGGAGAUUCUACCGCAAUCGCCUUCGACAGGAUAAAGGCAGCAGACGACUCGGACCCAGACAGGGUAACCAGUUCCAGGCAGAACAUCGAGGACCAUCUGGUCCAGGAGUACCGGGGGAGUCAGUUCUAUGGAGAGACCAAGGCCCAGUUAGAACGCAUCACCAUGAACAGAGAGUACAGUGUGAAGACUCCCUCUCGGACCAUCACGUACAACACCUCCUUCUCUACUCAGUUCAGAUGGGUCCUGAAGAGAACCUUUACUAACCUCAUCCUCAACCCUCAGACAUCCUUCGCUCAGGUGUGUGUCUGUGUGUUGCUGUGUGUGUAUGUGUGUGGGUUGUAUUUACAAUGGUGUUUGUUCUUCACUUGUUGCCCUUUUCUUGUGGCAACAGAUCAGUGUGUUGUUUCUACCAGGAUGGGUGCUCUAUUCUUCAUCACCACCAAUCAGUGUUUCAGUUCCGUGUCUUCUGCUGAGCUCUUCAUCACCGAGAGAAAACUGUUCAUUCAUGAGUACAUCAGCGGUUACUACAGAGUAUCAGUCUACUUCCUGUGUAAGUUACUCAGUGAAAUCAUCACCUUAAGGACGCUCCCUGCCAUCUUCUUCAGCUGUGUGGCUUACUUCAUGAUCGGGUUUAAAGCUACAGUGGAGGCCUUCUUCCUGUUCAUGUUGACCGUAGCUCUGGUAGCCUAUACAGCUACUGCUAUGACCAUGGCGAUUUCAGCUGACCAAAGUGUUGUGGCGAUCGCCAACAUCUUCAUGACCAUAUCCUUCGUCUUCAUGAUGAUCUUCUCAGGCCUGUUGGUGAACCUGCCCAGUAUUGUUGAUUGGCUAGCCUGGUUCCAGUACCUCAGCAUCCCUCGGUACGGACUAACGGCUCUCCAGAUUAAUGAGUUUGUAGGCCUGCAGUUCUGUGGAGACAUUCCCCACAACGGCACCUUGCCCCCUGGUAUGACGUGCACGGGGGAAGACUUUCUGAAGAACCAGGGGAUCGACUACACCACGUGGGGGCUGUGGCAGAAUCACGUUGCCCUGGCGAUCAUGACCGUAAUCUUCCUGGCGAUCGCGUACCUCAAACUACGUUUCACCAAGAAGUUCACAUAGAGGUCAGGGGUCACAGGUUAAGCCUAUUGUACACCUUCACCUUCCUGUUCCGUCCCCUUUGUCCGCUCAAACGAAAUGCUGCAAUAUCCAACUUCCACUUCUGUCCGCAUGGGACUCUGAAAUGUCUGCAUGGACUCUGAAAUGUCAGCAUUUACUCGGAAAUGUCUGCAUUUACUCUGAAAUGUCUGCAUGGAUUCUGAAAUGUCAGCAUUUACUCUGAAAUGUCUGCAUUUACCCUGAAAUGUCUGCAUUUACUCUGAAAUGUCUGCAUUUACUUUGAAAUGUCAGCAUGGACUCUGAAAUGUCAGCAUGGACCCUGAAAUGUCAGCAUGGACCCUGAAAUGUCAGCGUGGACUCUGAAAUGUCAGCGUGGACUCUGAAAUGUCAGCAUGGACCCUGAAAUGUCAGCAUGGACCCUGAAAUGUCAGCAUGGAUUCUGAAAUGUCAGCAUGGAUUCUGAAAUGUCAGCAUGGAUUCUGAAAUGUCAGCAUGGAUUCUGAAAUGUCAGCAUGGAUUCUGAAAUGUCAGCAUGGAUUCUGAAAUGUCAGCAUGGAUUCUGAAAUGUCAGCGUCCGAAGGACACUUUUCAAGGGAAGUGCGCAGAUGCAGACGGGAUGUUCGAUUGAAGCCGAAGUUGAAAUGAGGUAUUUAGAGGUCAGGUGCAAUGUUCCUGAGCAAAUUUCAGGUCUAUUGAGCGGAAACUUGAAAGUUGUGAGAAUUCUGUGCAACUUCCGGCGCACGUUUCCAGUGAACACUGAGGCUGUACCAGUACAGUUUUAGACAGUAGCAAACAGGCUAUUGUGGCUAUUGGAGCAUCAUGUAGGCCUACCAACAAAACCAAUGGAGUAAAUCACAUAAUAGCUUUUGAUUUUGCGCACAGAAAUGCACUUUGAUCUGAAAAGUGCCUCGCGGGUGAUUGAAAGACGUGAGCUCCAGGUCAAUAGAAUUCUCUUCCGUUGUGGUUCUGUUUCAGCCUACAAACAAAAUCACAGACUUAAUCCAAGUUUGAUUGUUUUUUUUGUUUGUUGCAUUGAAAAGGGGUCUGCUAUAAUGUUGAUUAGAGAAUAAAACACUGAUCUUUGUAGUACAAACUAAAUGGGAUGAAUUUUCACUCAGUGAAUAUUUUAAAUCUCUUGAGUCUCUCAGCAUCCUGGUAUUUCUGUUUUUUUAUUUCUGGUAUUCAAUGAUUUCUCCAUCAAUGUGUCUUAUCUACAGAUGUUUAAAUCAUGUCUCAAGAUGUCUGGGAUUAUUUUUUAACCACUUCUGUUUUUUAUGAAGUGCAAUUUGUUUUAUCGAUGCAACACAACGUGUAUUGAUACCAAAUAUAUUGAUGAUUUGGUGCGCUGUAAACACAGAUACUAAAUACUUAUGCAGUAGUUCAAACGGUACCCUGUUCACUACUGUUGAACAGGGCCCCUAGGACUCUGGACACAAAUAGUUCCCUACUGUUGAACAGGGCCCCUAGGACUCUGGACACAAGUAGUUCCCUACUGUUGAACAGGGCCCCUAGGACUCUGGACACAAAUAGUUCCCUACAGUUGAACAGGGCCCCUAGGACUCUGGACACAAAUAGUUCCCUACUGUUGAACAGGGCCCCUAGGACUCUGGACACAAGUAGUUCCCUACAGUUGAACAGGGCCCCUAGGACUCUGGACACAAGUAGUUCCCUACUGUUGAACAGGGCCCCUAGGACUCUGGACACAAGUAGUUCCCUACAGUUGAACAGGGCCCCUAGGACUAGACACAAGUAGUUCCCUACUGUUGAACAGGGCCACUAGGACUCUGGACACAAGUAGUUCACUACAGUUGAACAGGGCCCCUAGGACUCUGGACACAAAUAGUUCCCUACUGUUGAACAGGGCCCCUAGGACUCUGGACACAAAUUGUUCCCUACAGUUGAACAGGGCCCCUAGGACUCUGGACACAAGUAGUUCCCUACUGUUGAACAGGGCCCCUAGGACUCUGGACACAAGUAGUUCCCUACUGUUGAACAGGGCCCCUAGGACUCUGGACACAAAUAGUUCCCUACUGUUGAACAGGGCCCCUAGGACUCUGGACACAAAUUGUUCCCUACAGUUGAACAGGGCCCCUAGGACUCUGGAAACAAGUAGUUCCCUAUGGUUGAACAGGGCCCCUAGGACUCUGGACACAAGUAGUUCACUACAAAGGGGCUAGGUUGCCGUUUUGGACACAGCACUAGACAUUGUUUCUAUUUACGUUUUGUACACUAUCUACAGCACAGGAGGCUGGUGAGGGGAGGGCGGUGCAUAAUAAUGGCUGGAAUGGAAUCAGUCACAUGGAAACCACGUGUUUGCUACCAAUCCCUUAAUUCCGUUCCUGCCAUAAAUAUGAGCCCUACCUCCCCAAUUAAGGUACCACCAGCCACCUGUGAGGAACAGUAUAAAAAUGUUAAUUAAUUAUGCAAAUUAUGCAAUUAUGCAAAUAAAACACAAUAUCAACUUUG